UCCUUCCCAUCCCCAUUUUAAUAUGAGAGGGAGAUUGCUGAAGGUAACAGCUGGGAGCGUGAAACACUGCUUUGGAUUUAUUUUUAGAUUUGGAAUACGGUCCUGGAUAACGCACAUAUUGAUGGUAGAUAUCUAGACUAUUUAGUGAAAUCGGAUAGUGUAAAGUGAGUACGUGAGUUACGAAAUACAAUAAGUUAUCGAUUAGGUGCGCUUAACGGUACAAGGUUGUGGAAGUGUAUACUCAGUUUUGUUUCUAUUGAAAUUUUUUUAUAGGGGUAAAAAACGUUGGUGUUAUAAAUUUUGCAAAACAUCUAACAGAAAUCGAUAAACGCGUAAAACUAACACUGUCCCGUUUUGUGGUGUGAAUGUGAGAGGGAAGGCACUACUCGACAGUGUGGGUUGCGAUAUUACUGAAAAUUUUUUCAGCGAUUGAAACAAAUCGCAAUUAAUCGACUGUCUCGAUUUAUUUACUACAAGAAAACUGGCAAAGAUGGGUGGACCAGAUAUGAAAUGGCAGAAGGACGCGGCAGACCAAAACUUCGAUUACAUGUUCAAGCUGCUUAUUAUUGGAAAUAGUUCUGUAGGAAAAACAAGUUUUUUGUUCCGUUACGCGGACGACUCCUUCACGUCGGCCUUCGUCUCCACCGUCGGCAUCGACUUCAAGGUGAAAACUGUCUUUCGUCACGAUAAGCGCGUCAAACUACAGAUAUGGGAUACAGCAGGACAGGAGCGUUACCGUACCAUCACUACAGCCUACUACCGCGGUGCCAUGGGUUUUAUCCUCAUGUACGAUAUAACUAAUGAGGAGAGUUUCAACAGCGUUCAAGAUUGGGUGACGCAAAUUAAAACAUAUUCAUGGGACAAUGCACAAGUAAUCCUAGUAGGGAAUAAGUGUGACAUGGAGGAGGAGCGUGUAGUGAGCUCAGAACGCGGGAGACAGCUGGCUGAACAACUCGGAGUGGAGUUUUACGAGACUAGUGCUAAAGAGAACAUCAAUGUCAAGGCCGUGUUCGAGCGAUUGGUAGACAUCAUCUGUGACAAGAUGUCAGAAAGCUUGGACUCGGAGCCUGCUAUGCUAGCUGGAGGGGCCCGUGGUCAACGUCUCACGGAACAGCCGCAAGGCAAUACUACUCCUAAUUGUAACUGUUAAUAGAACACACUUUUCUUUGACAACAAAUCGUUCACAAUUUCCUACAAAUCAUUACAGUUUCUGUGAUUGUUUAUUCACAGUUCCUUUAAACUAGACAUUCUUUAGUUCACCCAUGAUCUGAGUUAAUUAUAGUAUAAUACAGUUAUUUUUGAAUCCUAUUGCAGUCUUAUGAAAAUUAAAAAACCCCAGUAUAAUAAUUUUUAAAAAUAUAUCAAUUUUAUAUUUAUAUGGUAUCAGUAUGAUACUACCUUGAUUGGUUUCAAUUAAAGUAUCUACUAAACCUUGUAAACGGGAAAUUCAUAUUUUUUUAGGUAGUAAGUACUUUAUUUACAUGAGAAUUUUUAUUUUUAUUUAACUCCGUUUUUUAUUUUUUAUUUAAAUCAUGAUAAUUACGAUUUCAAACUUUAAGAAAAAUAAUUUAAAAUAUUAUUGUUGAACAUGGGUAACAAUAAAGUGGAAAUAUGUAUUAGUAUUAUUAAUUCUAUAGAUGUUAAGUAGCUGUAUCCAUGUAUAUUGCGAGCUGGAGUAGGGAUCUGAUACUUCUAAUAGUUGUUAAAUUUUAUCUACGUGAUAACUAACAUAAAUAUAUUUUAGAUUUAUUUAUUAGCUUUUAAUUUACGUGCAAAUUUUAAAUUUAUUUUUGCAUUUAGAUUUAUAUGAUUACAACGACAUUUUUAACAAUAGCUAAAAAUGCAUUCAAUAGAAUCCUUUAAAAUUUUGAUAACAACAAUGGAAUUAAUAUGUCUAAUAAAAAUUGUGCACAUUCGAGUAAUGAUUAUUUAUUUGCUAAAAAAAUCUACACCGCUUCGGAAUGCGCAAAAUGUUGAUUGGCAAGGUCAUAAGGAACUUGAUAUAAAAAGAGAUUAUACCACAUUGCAAGUAUUGCCAAUUAUAGAAACUAAUUAUAUCAAAACCUAUGAUAGGUACUAAUUUUAUAUAAAUCAAAACAUUUAGCUGUAACAUCGUCACGCAAAACGAUAUUAGAUUUUGUACCAAAUAUCUCUAAAUGUAUCUGGGAAGCAAUAUUUUAUAAUUUCUACUAUGCCAUAAAAUCUGCCACUUGAAGAACUUGCCAAUCUAACAUACAGAUUGUUAAUGAUUUUUAACUUAGAUAUUGUUUAGGUAUAAUUAGUGUUAUGUCUAUUGCUGUUAGAAUUCGUUGCUUCAUAUGUAAGGUAGUUACAAAUAUAAAUGUUUCUUGUAUUGUUAUAUGUUGGCGUAAUCUUAUAAUCUUUGAAGUUAAAUUAAUGUUACCUUCAGUGUAUUGUAAUUGCAUGUAACUGAAUAAUGCUUUGGAACUUGGCCUGCAAAGUUUGAUGUUCUACGACCGGCUCUAGCGAGUUCAGCCGUUGUUUGUAAAUACGUUUACGAGUGUAUAAAUAAACAAUUGUAUAGUAUUAUAUCUACCUACAUAUAAAUCUGUUUGUAUCUUGUUACCUACUAUGCUAUGUUAAUGUCUAACUAUAGGUGUUUAUUUAAUCACAUCGUUAGGGUAAGUUUUUCUUGACUAAGACCACUGUCCAUAUUUGUUUAGGCCUUCGUGGUCAAAUCAACUAUAAUUUUAUUAUCAUUUUGGGGUUUACUUUUAUGUCCAUAUAUAAGGGAAUGAAGUAAUUGAUAGUAAUUAAAGAUCUUCGGUUAUAUUUAAUUCUUCGCUUGAAUUUAUUCUUCACUACUUUUGCGAUCUCUUUUUGUUAACAUUAACCUGGUUUUCGACCAAUAAUAAUACAAGAAAAUAAUUUGAUUUAUUAUAUUUCUAAAAAAGAAACACGUUUCGUUGUAAAAACGAUCUCAAAAGUAAUUCCUGAUAUGAUAAUAAAAGUGUUAAUUCACAUUGCAUCAUCUCAGCGCAGCGCAUGUAUGUGUAUAAUCAAAUCAAUAAAUUAUUCUUAACGUGUCUCCGGCUAUGGGGUGUCACUAGGUUUAUUAUUAUCUGUAGAUGACAUAGACAAUACAAUUUAUAUAUCAUUCUGUUGAAACAUGAGCACAUUAUUUUUUUAGAAAAUAAUUAUUAGGUAAAUUAAUUAAGAUAUUUUACAACAGUUCGAUGAAUUGUAAACAUAUAUACGUACCUAUUACGUUUAUGACGAUUUGAUUAUUGAUCGCUUCAGCAAGUGUAAUAAUAUAAAAACGUACCUAAUUGAAAAACAUAUUAUGAAAAUUACUUAUGACGCCAAAAUUAUUAUAUUGUUUGUUAAGGAAAAUACUGAGUAAUUUACCAACGUAUACCAAAUAUAUAAUUAUACGGUAAGCGGAAAAUAUUAAAGUUUUCUUAUGGUUAUAAAUAACUUGCAAAAGUACAACUUUGCUCAUUUGCUUAUAUAAUAAUCUCAGAGUGCAGCUAUUUUUUAAUUGAAUUUAGAAUUGUCAAUUUGACGUUAUCAAUUAAAAACGUGGACCCAUAAUAGAAAAUGGUUGAUAUGAAUCCAAGUAGACUCGGCUAGUAUAAUAAAUAAUAAGAGCUCAUUUGAACAUUUUAUAUUAGUUAUAGAUACACUUCGUGCUCCAUCGAAAUUCAGAUUUGAAAUAGCCAUAAAAGUUUAAUCCAAUAAAAUUUGAUUUAUAGAAGUAGGACCGACCAUACGGAUCACGCGUAUAGUCAAAAUACGAAAGAAAUGUUUUUAAUUUUCGAUCACACCAUAAGAAUACAGUCGCCAUCAACUAACUGUAGGAGACUUCUACGUGACUGUACUUAUUAAAUUAUGGAGAGGUCUCAUGAUGAAUGCUAAGAAUAUUUUUUUCAUCUUUUACCAUUUGAUCUCAUGCAAGAUAAUCUUGUCGAUCCAUAGUAAAUAACCCGAAAAAGUGAGUUUUAAGACGAUUUUCAUGAUUAUACUACUGCGGGCACAUACAUUUUAUACAGAUAUGUUUAAAAUGAAGCAGCAGAAGACAAGAAUAUAGCCGAGACUUACUUGGAGCUGACGCUAAUAAUAAAAAAUGUGAAGAGAAGUUGUAACUGUAGACGUAUUGUAUUUAGCAGUGUGUGUGCGUUUGUAGCAGAGCACGAAAGAGGCAUAUCGUAGUGACGGGCUUUAGGUAGAAACGUUGUUUAGCAAAAUAUAAACUUACGACACAUUCGCAAUUUAUGUUCUCUGAAAAUAUGAACGUGAUAUUGUACUUUAUCCAUUAUCAAUAUCAUCUGCUUCAUCGCAAAAUAUCGGAAUUUAUAUUAGCUGUCUUUUAUGGAAAUGUAUGCUAUAAUAUUUGUUGUGUGUUAAUAAAGGAAUUAUUUAAUGAUACACCCAUGUAAAAGAUUCACGAAUAUAUAUUAUAACAUAUUAGAUGUU